UCGCCAAGUUCGCCCAAAAUUUCGCCGCAAUCAAAAGAGGCGAAACGGGCGAGCGGGAACUUCUGGGAAAAAAACGUUUGGUCCUGAUUUUCGUUCCAAAGCUCCUUAAAAUCCUUAAAAUCCUGCAAAAUGCCGCGUCCUUCGCAAUCUCGUGUUUCAUCAAGCCAAUCACUUAGUAAUUCCCAACUCCAGACCUCGCAAUCGGCGGAUUCGUCGGACGAUAUCACGGCACACGUUAAUGCCGUCGUGAAAGCAAUCCUGAAUCUCUCUUGCAACAAAGCGAUAAUCAAACGGGCGGAUCUUGUGAAUAUCGCGUUGAAGGGAAAUGGACGAAUAUUGGGAAGGGUGCUGCAGGAUGCGAAUACCGAGCUUAAGGAUAUAUACGGCUACACGCUCGUCGAGGUGGAGAAGAGCAAAACCAUGAUUCUCUGCUCUACACUUCCCGCCGGAUCGAUGGACGAACUCAACGAUGCCUACCGUCGACGGUACACGUUGCUGUACCUUAUUUUGGGCUACAUAUUUAUGAAGAACGGAUCGGUCCCGGAGACGAUCGUGUGGGAGUUUUUGGAGACGAUUGGUAUCGAGGAGCAGCAAGAACAUAACUACUUCGGAGAGGUGAAGAAGAUGUACGAUUCCUUUUUCAAACAGGCUUACCUAGCGCGCACCAAACAGGCGCUUGAGGGUCUGAACGACGAAGUUACGUUGAUUAGCUGGGGGGUACGAUCAAAGCACGAGGUGUCGAAAAAGGAAAUUCUAGAAGGGUUUUGCAAAGUAAUGAACCGCAAUCCGGUUGAUUUCAAGACACAGUAUAUAGAAGCUAAUGGAAAAGAUGAUGAAGUAGAUGAUUGAGAGGGUGAUUAAAACCAUUAACCUAAUGUAAUCAGUAUGCUUUUAACGUUAAAUUAUUUAUAAAUCAUGAUCCGUA